AUGCCUCAAGGAAAAAGAAAUUUCACAGACGUGAUUGUAAUCGGUGCUGGCUGGUCUGGUCUUAUGGCGUGUAAAUACAUGCUGGAGGAGGGAUUGACCGUCGUGGCGUUAGAAAAACGUACUGAUGUGGGAGGCCUGUGGUGUUUCUCAGAAGACCCAAGCAUCGUUACAGUCAUGAGAAACACAAUACCAACUUCGUCAUCCUCCGUCACGGAAAUGUCCGACUUUCCUAUGCCCGAAGAGAUCGGAGCGUUUCCGAAACAUGGAGACGUCUUGAGCUACUUAAAAGCUUAUUGUGAUGCUUUCAAGUUAUGGCCUCAUAUCCGUUUAGAUCACGCAGUAAAGAACGCUGUUAAGAAAGACGGCUUGUGGCAAGUGGAAUGCGAAAACGGCCACGUGUUCACGAGUACUUUUCUUGUCGUUUGCAGUGGCAACGUGCAGCUCCCCAAUCGAGCCCUGGAAGAUACGCUUCUUAAGGAUUUUGAAGGUGAAAUCCACCACAGCUGUACGCUCAAGUCCUUUGUGCCGGAGCAUAAAGGCAAACGUGUGAUGCUGAUUGGUGGAGGAGAAACAGCCAGUGAUGUUGUGGAGGAAUGGUGCGACCACGUUGAGCGCCUUAUAUGGAGCAUUCCACGCGGGAUGCAUUUCUUUCGCAAGUUUACCAAAAUCCUGCCCAACCGUCAUCCCCAGGUCCUGGACAAGGUGUCCUCAAGAGUAUUGACAUUCAUUGCUCCUUACACGAAAAGCAAGCCAGGUGAGGAGAUAAUUCAACCCCUUGAUUCCCUACCCCGAUUCCCCCCCCCCCCCCCCCCCCCCCCCCCCCCGCACCCCCCCCCCCCCCCCCCCUUUUUUUUUUUUUUUUUUUUUUUUUUUUUUUUUUUUCUUCUUUUUUACUCCACACUUUUUUUUUUUUUUUUUUUUAUAAAAAAAAUAUAAUUGUUAGUUUUAAAAAAAAAUUAUUUUUAAAAAAAAAGGUGAAUGAGUAGGAUGACUUUUCUUUUUUUUGUGGUGACCUGCCCCCCUACCCCGAUUCCCCCCCCCCCCCCCCCCCUCCGCGACAGGGCUAUCCCAUCCGCUUCUUCAUGUUGUCAUUAUUCAGUUCAUUUUUACAACUUUAAGGCUGUUACUGAGACUCACAUGUUUUCUUUUUUUUUGGUUAAAAAAUAAAUUUGCAGGUGAUUUGAAAGAAAUAGUGUCUUGGAAAAACGAGGUUGUAAACUUAGGGCUCUUUCCAUUUGUUAGAACUGACCGGCAAGCCCAUUCCCAUCGUAAUGAGAACUUCACUUUUAAUCAAAACUAACCAAACAGAUCAGUCAAAUCCUACAUAUUAUACCCAAAGGAGAUGGAUUUUCAGCAAAAACUAUUGGAAAAAAGGCUAAUUCAUUGCCAAAAUAUCUGGUCCGGCCAUGGUCCGGCCGGCCAGUAAUGACUUUUGGAAAGCGUCCUUUCACUUUCUUUACGCCAAACCUUAGAAUCCAGGUGAGACAUGAACUCGGUCAUCCGAAAUACAAGUCCAACGCCCAGACCGCUCGCCCACCCUGCCUCCGCCUUUGACAACGCUUUUAAUACAUACCAUCAUAGUAAGGAUCAGUCGUGAGAGUCAAAAGGUCGCCGUUAAAAUGAUUCAAUUCAGAAAGCAUUUGGCUGGAUGGCGGAACGGCCCAAACCGAAUAUUGGUUACAAGAAAUUUCUCUAUCAUGACCUCAGACGUCACUCGAUUGUCUCUACUGCAUUAUUGUAGGAUUGUUCCUGGAUUCUCGCACUAAUCUUCACUUUCUUUCCCGUCGUUCCCUUACUGCUUUUGAUACAUGCACAUAAUUUGGGUAUGCCCGUAGGUUCCUAUUGCUAAUCUAGGUGGGCCAUUCCUUAGGAAAGUAAACAUACAAGAGUGUAAAGUAAAGUAAACCUAAGUAAGGUAAAAAAGAUCAGGAGUCAGCUUCAAAUAUAUAUCUUGUUUUAGUCUCGACAUACCACUGCCGGAGAACGAGCCACAGAUUUACCUGCUCCAAACAUAGACUGGAAUUGUUACUCGGCUUUUAUCAGGACGUUACCAACAAACCACCUUUGUUACCUCGUUACUUUACCUCUUUAUCCUUAGUUUUGUACGAAUCAGUUGACUGCAAGGUUAAUUUGAUAUUUGGGUGUCUUCAAUCCCUACAGGAUUAUCCUGGAUUUGUAAGUGGACUACAAAUGGAUCUCUUCUAGCGUAUCAGGGUCAUGGCAUACCCGAGUGGAAAAACAGUGCCAAAUUUUUCCACUUCAUCGUCAACAAAAAUGGCCACGUGCUGGACAGGGUAGACUACAAACACUGCAUCCCUAAAGGCGCGAUCGAGAGUAUUCAAGGGAAGAAAGUAGUAUUCUGUGACGGCACGGAAGAAGAAGUGGAUGUCAUCAUCCAAUGCACAGGAUUCAAAGCAAAUUUCCCGAUGCUCCCACCGGAAAUUUGCUCCGUUCCUCUCAGGGACUAUUACAAAUACGUAAUCAAUAUUGAUGACCCUACCUUAGCUUUUAUCGGCCAUGUCCGACCAGUUAUUGGCUCGGUGAUCUCACUGGCUGAGCUGGGAUCUAUUUUUGUCUCAAAAGUGUUCUCAGGCAAGUGUAAGCUACCAUCGAAAGCUGAAAUGCAGAGAGAAGCUUACAAUGACAAGCGUUUCUGGGAUGAGUACUUCAAGGAUUCCUCUGGACGAUUGUCUACCCUGGUAGAGGGUUACACCUACGGCGAUGACGUGGGGAAGAAGUGCGGAAUAUUUCCCGAUUAUUGGGCACUGUUUAAAAGAAAUCCCCGUGGAGCUUUGACUGCGUUGUUCGCUCCUUUUGAUCCAAGCUGCUUUCGUUUAAAUGAACCGAAACACGAGAAAAAGUCACUGGAGAAUCUUAGAAGACAAGCAUCUGGUACGUUCUCUCCGGUACAUCUGUUGCUUAUAAUGUUCUUGCGUCUGAUUUGGUUCGACUUUUGGCUUGAUAUCCUUAGUGAGAUCAAGUACAAGAUCCAGUGUGCUGCAUGGUGGAAGCCGAUCAGUGGUUCUCGUCCCGUGCGUUUCUUGGACUGGUGUUGGCAGACACCCAAGAGAUUGCUGUUUGACAAUAAAACAAGGGCCUAA